AUGGAAUGCUUUUUAUUUGACAGUUUUACUCUAUCUACAAUAAAUACAUUUAUAGUUUUAGACAUAAUAAUUAAAGUUUUAAAAAAAAAGGAAAAAGGGAAAUGGCGAGGGAAAGAAACAAUACUUUACUUGGGAAAUAAAAUAUUAAUAGACACAUUCCCACCAAACUAUAAUUUUAUUUUAGACUUUUUAAAUGUUUUAAUUGAGGAAAAAACAAAAGCUAGCAAUUAUAUAAAUAAUACCAAUAAUAAUAAUAAUAAUAGUAGCAAUGAUAAUAGCAAUAAUAAUAAUGUGCGCAAAAAUGAUGAUAAUGGUGGAAAUAAAUUUAUUUGGAAUGUUAAAAAAGUUAAAAAUUACAAAAGGGGAAAUAUAAAAGAAAUAAAUUAUUUUAAUAUAAACAGAAAUUCACAUAUAACAAUGGGGGAGUUAAAACAUAUCUUAAAAAAUAUGCAUAUAAAAUAUGUUGAUAAUGAAAUGCAUUUAUCCAAUUUGUUAUUUAAAUUAAAUAAAGAUAAAAAAUAUAAUUUAAUAAUUAUUAAUUUGGCUUUUUUUUUUUUAAAAGAUAAACUUAAGCUUAAUUCCUUUAUACAAGGAAUAUCACAUUUUACAACAAAUUUAACACUUAAUAAUAAAACCAAUAUAAACAACUUAGGAAAUACAAAUAAUUUCACAUCCUCUUUUACACCCAAGCAAAUUUAUAUAGACUCUUUUAUUCAAAAGGAAAUGUGUGAUGAUUUAUUUUUAAAAAACAUUAUGAACAUACAUUUUCAAUAUUCUUUUUUUGUUAAUUUUUUUGAGCAUUUAAAUUAUAUUGAUAAUUUUUUCAUUUUUUCAAAAAAAAAACGAUCUAAAAGCGAGCGGGAAGUACCAGAAAUAAAUGAUAUGAAUGUAAAUAAUGAAACAAACAAAGUAAACAAUAAUAUUAGUUCCCUUUAUAGUAACAGGAGUGAACAAAAAGAAGAGAUCAUAAAGAAUGAUGAUAUAAUUUACUAUGGAAAUAAUUUUAUUAAUUAUAAUAAAUCACCAUCAUACAGAAAGCGAACCUAUACAGAAAAUAUAUUAAUUGAUAUGGAAAAAAAAAAAAUGAAAAAAAAUAAUGAUUUUGACGAUAAAAAAAUAAAUGAAACUGAUAAAUGGAAAAGUGAAAUUUCUCAUAUAAGAACAGUAAAAAAUAAUCAUCCUAUAAAAUGUGUUUAUUCAAUUAAUUCCAUAAAUAAAGAAAAAAAAAAAAAAAAAAAAUUAUACAUAUUUGACAUGUUUCCCAAAUCAGAAUCAUAUAAAAUAAUGUAUAUGGGCAUGCUUUCUCUUUACUUUAAUUACGUCUAUUUAAUAUCUUGA